CUACAGUUACAACUGUACAUUUCGCGACUUAUAUAAACUUUUUUGAAACACGACUACUGUUUUAGAAUCUGGCUAUAUAUAUAUACCGUUCGCCAUUUCUGCUAGUUUCAGUUUCUCUGCAGUUUCGAUUUUGGGAAGUUUUGGCGGAUUGUUGAUUUCGGAUUUUCGGAGGCAUUUUUUUCCGAGUUUCGAAUUUGAGAAAUCUGAGCUUCGGCUAUGGCGUCGUACGAUGCUCUGUUGACGGCGGAGCAGCCGUGGUCUGCUCGUCUCGCGUUCUCCGACGCUUGGUUUUCCGAUGCUUUUGCUAUUCAGAGCUCCUUCGCCGGAAGUUCCGCCGGCGGAGACGUUUUAAGGCCUCAAUUUGUCGAUUUGGUAUUUUCGAAGCCUGAGGUUUCGCCGUCGGCUUCCGGCGGAUCGGAGAAUGAAGCCUCGGUUUCAGAGCAGCGGCGGAGAAUUCCGCCGCGAUGCACGAUCUCUAAGCGGAAGCCGCGGCCGUCGAAGCGAGCGUCGUCGACGGGGACGACUACUUUUAUUGCUACGGAUCCGGCGGAUUUCCGGUGGAUGGUGCAGCGAAUGACCGGCGCGAGGUUUGCCGGCGGUGAGGAGGCUCCGCCAGCGUCGGCGGUGCUGAAUCUCGAGCGGCGGAGGGAAUUAUACCUUCCGGAGAGCAGUGUGGCUUUUUUGCUGAACGGCUCGGGUUCGGCGUUGAAUGGCGGCGCGGCUGAAGCUCGGCGCCUAGCUGAGCCGUUUUGCAGCUUUCCGACUCUCGAGUCAUGGAAGCCUACGUAAAACGCCGACUUCGAAUUUUAUUUUAUUUUUUAUUUUUAUUUUUAAUGUAGUAAAAGCUCUAAAUGUGUGUGUUUGUGUUUUAGAAUAUUCGAUAUCAUUAAAAAGUAAAACAAUAUUCCCUCCAUCCUAGUGAUUUAUUAUUAUUUUUAUUUAGUAGAUUAAAAAAUAGGGGAAAAAAUCAAUC